GUAAAUCGCAUAUAUGCCUUCGAACCCUUGACUUCACUUUUAUCUUAGGCGGACGCAGGUCCUUGCCAGCCUAUACUAAUUUUAAUUUUUUCGUGCAAGAACUAAAAACGGGAAACAGACCAAACUCAGUUUUAUGUCCGAAGCAUCAAUACAAGGCCUGGGCGGCUGGCACAGCUGCGGACAGCCGGCGUGUUCUCCUCGCCGCCGCCAUCGUUCAAUAUGGUCCGCGCCUUUCAGGUCUUCAAAAGGUCCCCUCUCGUCUCGUGGAAAUCAACUGGUAAGCUCCAGCAAACCCUAGGGGGAUGCAUAGAGAGGUCUGGGAAGACUCUACACUCCGGCAAAGUCACGAAGGUGAAGCUGUGGCCGGAGUUUGCCGGCGCAGGAAGGUACUUCAAUUGCCGUUCCGGCGUCAUACCCGCAUCCGUCGAUGUCGCUGUAGAGACCCCUCUCUGCACCAAGCUUUGUAAAGAUGGUCGCACGGUUCAAACCGUCGAGCACUUGCUCUCGGCUCUUGAGGCCGCCAGCGUCGACAAUUGCCGAAUUGAGAUUGAAUCUUCCCACUCCGAAGAUCCAAUAGUCGAGGAUCUAAAGACAAGAAAGACAAUUGACAUAGGACAUGAGGUUCCCAUUCUUGAUGGUUCAGCAAUGGAAUGGGUGGAGGCUAUAGAACAAGCUGGUGUAAAGGUGGCCACAGAUCAGGGUGGCAGGACUCGUGAAAAAAUGGUUCCAUUUCUGAAUGAAGCCUUGCUUGUCUGGAAGGAUGAUUCUUUUAUAGCUGCAUUCCCUUCAUCAAAUGUUAAUGUUACUUAUUUGAUUGAUUUUCCACAGGUGCCAGCUAUUGGCUGCCAGUGGUUCUCUUCAGCCCCUUUGGAUGAAUCUUUCUAUGCCAAGCAAAUAGCUUCUUCAAGAACCUUCUGCAUUUUUGAGGAGUUGGAGAGAAUGCAAAAUGCAGGUCUUAUUAGAGGAGGUUCCUUAGAAAAUGCCAUUGUUUGUAGUUCCAGUAAAGGUUGGUUAAACCCACCGCUGCAUUUCCAUGAUGAACCUUGUCGCCAUAAAGUUCUAGAUCUUAUUGGCGACUUGUCCCUUUGUGCGAGGCAUGGGAGUCAGGGGAUACCAGUAGCACAUAUAGUUGCUUACAAGGGUGGCCAUUCACUGCAUAUCAGAUUUGCACGUCGUCUUCUGGGUGCCAGUUAAAAUAGUAUGGCAAAAAGUUGCAAUAGUAUGGCAGAAAGUUGUACAAUGGGCAACUCAACAGCAACGGAGCAGAUGGUGUGCGGUCAGAAUAGUUGCCCCUGUUGCAGUUUGCCAAUGUGGUUGCAAGCAUAAAACUUGUCUUUGGAUUGGCAGUAUACAGGAACUAUGUCAAUUCAAUCCUUUUUUUUCUGUUGAAUUUAUAAAUUUUAACCGUAUUACAAUGUCUUUUCAGAUUUUUUUAAACAUCUUCUGUUGGUGAUAAAUUGUCAUGGAUGACUUUAUGCAAGUUACUGAUUUGUAGAUUGUUACUGAUGUAUAACAAUAAAAACAUUUACAUUCUUGUAAUAUUCCUAUCUAUGUAUAACAACAAUAAUAAUUAUUGAUGCAAAAAUUGGCUUUAAUGCACCAA